CUGAGUGACACAAGGUGGGUUUUUGGAUACACCGCGCGUCUGGAUGUAACGACAAGGACUUUUACAAUAAUCCCGUAUGUGUGUAUUCGUAAAUAAAAAUAAGCUCCAAAUAUAAUAUCCGAUAUUUGCAUAUAGAAAUGGCAAGUGUAGGACUGGCCGUUGGCGCUCCGAAUCCAGAAGAGAGGGCGGUUUUCACGCAGCUUAAACCCGUGCGGAUGUGUAGCGCGGAUGGGCCGGAGGACUCGUCUGUGUUUGAGGACGUCAAACCCGCGACACGGAUGGAGAUGGAUAAAUAUUUGCCCCAAAUCACCCCACUGGUUGCCCCAAACAUUAUGGAUAAGAAGUUCCGUCGGGAAAGCGCUUCGGUGGUGGAUGAGUAUUUUGCAGAUGAGAAGCCAGCCCCUUACAGUCUCAACAUCAACGUUAUCCUGCCCAAUACCACACACCUUCGCACGGGCCUUUAUCGUCCAAACAAACCUCAGGUGCAUCAGAUCAAAACUGAGCCAGGGGUGGACUUACCCUGUAGCAUUCAGACACUCCCCGAAUUCACCUCCGUCUUCAGCGUGCCCCAGACGGUCAACAGCCUCUUUAUCAAACCUGACAUAAACGUCACAGAUCAGUCUUCUGAUGUUAUACAAUAG